UAAUUGGUAAGUCAUUUAUCUCCUUUCUCCUGACUCUUGCGGCUGCGAGUUGCGCGACGACUCUUCGAUUGGCGACGGGCGGCAGCGGCACAACUUCCGGCGAGGCGGUGACCGACCGGCAGUGAUAGUUCGCCCCCACUUGGCAAAAUUUCUGGAUCUGCCCCUGAAUUUGAGUCGAAGAUCCUCUCCUUCUACUUACCUUUGUCCUCUGCUAAACCUCAAGCAAAAACCCUACUAAAUUGGAACCCAAAAAAUGUCGGCAUGUAUUCCUCACCUUGUCUCUCUCAAAUCCUCAGGGUUCACUGUGCAAAAGAGAUAUCGGUUUCCGGAUCAGUGCAGAAGGGCAAUGGCAGUUGCUUCUGUUGCAAAAGAGGCGUCCAAUUACAUUCCAGCUGCUCCGAUUCUCCUUCCUGAAGGGCCAUGGCAGCAGAUUCCAGGAGGCGUUACUGCUGCAAUUGGUUUUAAAGCUGCUGGGAUGUAUGGUGGAUUGCGUGCACUUGGAGAGAAACCUGACCUAGCACUUGUCACUUGUGAUGUAGAUGCCAUUUCUGCAGGAGCGUUUACUAAAAAUGUGGUAGCAGCUGCUCCUGUAGUAUAUUGCAAAAAUGCAUUAAAUUCAUCACCAACGGCUCGUGCAGUUCUAAUAAAUGCUGGCCAAGCUAAUGCAGCUACGGGUGAUGCAGGGUACCAGGAUGUAAUCGAAUGCUCAACUGCUCUAGCUAAUUUACUUCAUCUCAAGAACGAGGAAGUGUUAAUUGAAUCCACCGGAGUCAUUGGCAGAAGAAUAAAGAAGGAGGCCCUUCUCAACUCACUCCCAAAGCUAGUUAGUCUGUUGUCAUCCAGUGUUGAGGGGGCAAAUUCUGCAGCUGUAGCAAUAACUACCACCGAUCUUGUUAGCAAGAGUGUGGCUAUUGAGUCGGAAGUUGGAGGGACACGUAUAAGAGUUGGUGGCAUGGCAAAGGGUUCUGGGAUGAUCCAUCCUAACAUGGCAACAAUGCUUGGUGUUGUUACUACUGAUGCCUCAGUUACAAGUGAUGUUUGGAGACGAAUGGUACAGGUUUCUGUUAACCGAAGUUUUAACCAAAUUACUGUAGAUGGAGAUACCAGUACGAAUGAUGCUGUUAUCGCUUUGGCUAGUGGGCUCUCCGGGACCAAUAAAAUCUCUUCUUUGAAUACCUCCGAAGCAAACCACCUACAGAGGUGUCUUGAUGCUGUAAUGCAAGGAUUAGCAAAAUCUAUAGCUUGGGAUGGAGAAGGAGCAACAUGCUUGAUUGAGGUCAGGGUAGCUGGAGCAGAAAAUGAAGCUGAAGCAGCAAAAGUUGCACGUUCAGUUGCAUCUUCUUCACUUACCAAGGCCUUCUCUUCUCAGGCAGCCGUUUAUGGCAGGGAUCCAAAUUGGGGACGCAUUGCUUGUGCCGCUGGCUAUGCGGGAAUUCCUUUUAACCCAAAUAAACUUCAAAUAUCACUAGGAGAUACUCUGCUUAUGGAUGGUGGGCAACCUCUUCCAUUUGAUAGUGUUGCAGCCAGUAACUAUAUGAGGAAGGCUGGGGAAACUCAUGGCACCGUUGAAGUUCACAUAUCUAUUGGUGAUGGUCCAGGAAGUGGAGUUGCAUGGGGCUGCGACUUGAGUUAUGAUUAUGUGAAGAUAAACGCAGAAUACACAACAUGAAUAAUGUAGAUCUACGACAGAGGCUCUCCAUCAUGUCAGGUUGGUGCUCCGGCUCCUAGCAAUCCAUACAAACUGCGAUUGUCGUCAUUCGUGUACACUAUGUCUCAGAUCAGAUCAGAUAUUACAUCUUAUUCGUGUUGUUCAUGGUUUAUGUCCCUGGGAUUUAUGUGGGAAGAAAAGGAGUAGGAAAUAAUCGGAUUGGAUUGCAAUAUCAGAACACUCAGGUUAUGUUUAGCAAAGCUUAUUUUAAAGCUUCUGAUUGGUAAACAUAGAAGCUUAAAAUAAUACGGUGUAGUAGUUUAUUUUAAAA